AUGCAGACCUGGGUCACUGUGGCGGUGACUCUGGCCACACUGAUGGUCGCCGCCGUGGAUGCGAAGAUCUACGAAUGCUGUGAACUGGCAAUGAAGCUGAAGAAGGUGGGCCUCAGUGGCUUCAAGGGCUACAGCAUUGGAGACUGACUGUGCAUGGCACACUAUGAGAGUGGCUUUGACACCUCCUUCGUGGGCCACAAUCCUGACCGCAGCAGCAAAUACGGCAUUUUCCAGCUGAACUCCACCUGGUGGUAUAACGAUGGUAUUACACCCACCCAGAACCUCUGUCACAUCGAGUGUCGAGACCUGCUCAACCGCCAUAUUCUGGAUGAUACCUUGUGUGCCGGGAAGGUGGUGUCCUCAGGGAAUGGUAUGACUGCUUGGGAUUCAUGGACCCGGCACUGUUCUGGCCAUGAUUUAUCUGAAUGGCUCAAGGAAUGCAAUAUGCAUGACAAAGCUGUCUCAAAGAAAACUAAUAAUUCAUGA